AUGACACUCGAUUUCAGCCGCAAGCUGGAAAAGAACUCUCUUCAUCGACCACGAGGAAAAAGUCUAGCUGUAUACGACGAGAACAUUCUGAACGAAGUCCUGUCCACACGUGACUGGCAGAUUAAAGAAGACACUACGGAAGACUACAAGCUGCUUGUCGAAGGACUGAACAGCUGUGCUGAAUUCGCUUCAGUUCCUCAAGCAAGAAGAGCAAAUACUGUCGCCACUACCACGAAGAAGUUGCUCGGAAAGAAAAGGAAGCUGAAGCUUGGUCCUAGUACCGACAUAAUUAAUAAAGGAUAA